AUGCGAGCAAAGCGCCAAAACACCCAGCCCCUGGAGGACACCACUGUGGCCCCGGAAACCUUCACAGAUGGCCUCCCACUCCCAAAGCUGAUUGCUUUUGAUUUGGACUACACCCUGUGGCCCUUCUGGGUUGACACGCACGUCAGUGCCCCUGUCAAGGCACGCGACAACAACUCUCGCGCUGUGGAUCGCUGGGGCGAGUCAUAUGCUUUCUACCCCGCAGUAUCCUCAAUCGUACACGCCUGCAAACACCGAUCGAUCCCCUUAGCGCUUGCCUCGCGAACCCAGGCCCCAGACCUUGCGCGCGAAAUGCUGAAAUCCCUACAUAUCAUCCCCACCUUCUCUGAUAACCCCGCCGCCAACGCGAAGACCGUACGCGCCUUGGACUACUUUGACCACAUUCAGAUCUUCCCUGGUAAUAAGACCUCACAUUUCGCCAAGAUUCAUCAGACAAGCGAGAUCAAAUAUGAAGAUAUGCUGUUCUUCGAUGACGAAGCGCGCAAUCGGAACGUGGAGACGGAGCUGGGAGUUACUUUCUGUCUGGUGCGGGACGGUAUGACGCGGGACGAAGUCGAUCGGGGCGUCAGGGCUUGGAGGAAAAGAAAUGGUAUCAAGCGGGAAACAGAGGAGUGA